AUGCUGUUCCAGGCUACUCUGGUCCUCCUCAUACUCCAGGCGAGUACUGUGGCAUCUGCGCCUGCGGAACGACGAGCAAUUCCCAUCGCGGACCAAACCUUCGAUUAUGUAGUCGUUGGUGGCGGUACCGCCGGAAGCGUGAUCGCGACGCGACUAGCACAGAAUGACUUCGACGUUUCGUUGAUUGAAGCCGGGGGAUACUAUGAGCUUGGGUCUGUGGCUGAGUUUCCUGCAGCUGCUGCAUUGACAAUGGGAUCAGAUCCUGCUUUCAGCUCACCGGUGGAUUGGGGCUUUGUGACAAGAGAUCAACCGGGUGCUAAUAGGCGGGCGAUUCAUUUCACCCGGGGAAAAUGUCUUGGGGGGUCGUCAGCGUUGAAUUUUAUGGUCUACCAACGUCCGACACGCGAGUCUAUGGAGCUAUGGGCAGCUGCGGUCAAUGACAGCAGUUACACAUUCGAUGAAGUGCUCCCAUUCUACCAGAAGAGCGUCCAGUUCACGCCCCCGAACACUGACUACAGAGUUCCAAAUGCGUCCGCAGACUAUGAUAUCGAUGCCUACGAUUCGGAUGGUGGCCCAUUACAGGUGUCAUAUGCUAACUUUGCUCAGCCUUUCUCGUCAUGGAUGAGCCUCGGCAUGGAAGCUAUCGGCAUUAAUCAAGUAGAUGAAUUUAACCUGGGUAAUAUAAUGGGAGCCCAGUAUUGUGCAUCGACCAUCAAUGCACCCACCCAGCUCCGAAGCAGCUCCGAGUCAUCUUUCCUAAACAAGAUCGUGCCCGACUCACUGACAACCUACACAAAUACCCUUGCCAAGAAUAUUGUCUUUGAUCAAAACAAAAGAGCAACUGGAGUUCAAGUGAAAGGCUUGUUGGGCAAUACCAUCACUCUUUCAGCAUCAGAAGAGGUUAUCAUCUCUGCCGGUGCCUUUCAGUCCCCCCAGCUCCUCAUGGUGUCUGGCAUCGGGCCGGCCGACCAACUACAAGAGCAUGGAAUCAACAUUAUAGCCAAUCGACCAGGGGUCGGUCAGAACAUGUGGGAUCACCCGUUCUUUGCUCCUUCGUACCGUGUGCGGGCGACAACAUUCACUAAAUUCGCUACGAACCUGCUAUACGCGGCUGGCCAAAUUGUCGAUGCACUAGUUGCCAAAAAUGGAUUCGUCACCAAUCCAAUCGCGGACUUCGUGGCCUUCGAGAAGAUUCCGCUAUUCUUCCGCUCGGCUUUCUCUGAGCAAACGCACCUUAAAUUAGCCGGAUUUCCAUCCGACUGGCCUGAAGCAGAGUACAUAUCUGGCGCAGGGUAUAUCGGCAAUGUGUCAAAUCUCCUGGCAAACCAGCCAAGAGAUGGAUACCAGUAUGCCUCAAUACUAGGUAUUCUGAUUACACCCAUGUCCCGAGGAAAUGUCACUUUGAAGUCCGCAGAUACCUCAGAUCUGCCAGUAAUCAAUCCCAAUUGGCUCGAUGACAAGGCUGAUCAGGAAGUUGUCAUUGCCAUGUUCAAGCGAAUACGCCAGGCUUUCCAGAGUGAAGCUAUGAGGCCCGUGGUCAUUGGCGAGGAGUAUAACCCCGGGCGGCAGGUCCAGUCUGAUGACCAGAUCCUCGAGUUCAUCAAGGAUAAUGUGAUGACCAUUUGGCAUCCGAGUUGUACUUGCAAGAUGGGAACUUCCCAUGAUGAUAUGGCUGUGGUUGACUCUCAAGCCCGGGUUUAUGGAGUGGAUGGACUGCGAGUAGUCGAUGCUAGCGCAUUUCCUUUCCUUCCUCCUGGUCAUCCUCAGUCGACGGUUUAUAUGCUUGCCGAGAAGAUCGCGGCGGAUAUUAUCCGGGAUUCGUAG